AUGAACACGGGAAAACUCGAGGUUUGCCACAACGCAAGCUACAAGGACGACUUGAGCUUCAAUGUUCGAUUGAACAUGUUGACGCUGAAGAUCAUCGGAAGCUGGCCGAGAUCUCUGGAUCAUACCUGGCUCGAAACGAUCGAGCACGUGUUCCUGAAUCUUCUCGGCCACGGUCUGCUCGCGUUCAUCCUGGUCCCGGGUAUCAUAUGCCUCACCAUCGAGAUCUCGAACAUUUACGACAAAAUGGAGGUGGCCGCGGCGCUCAGCUUCUUCGUGAUGGCCGUGAUGAAGUAUUUCAUUUUCAUGAUCCGCGAGCCUGACAUACGUAAAUGCGUGAACCUGAUGGAGAACGACUGGAGGAACGUGAAACACCGCGAGGACCGCGAGAUCAUGCUGGACAACGCGAACUUCAAUCGCCGACUUACCGUGAUCUGCGGCCUUUUCAUGUACGGAGGGGUGGUUUUUUAUUACAUCGCUCUGCCGCUCACACGACCGAAGAUCGUUGAAGAGGGUGGCAACCUGACCUACACGAGACUGGUUUACCCUUUUCCACCGACAAUCGCCGACGCGCGUCGCAGGCCAAUCAAUGAAAUUUGCUACGCGAUGCAGAUACUGUCUGGCUUCAUUGCUCACAAUGUCACGGUCGCAGCCUGCGGAUUGGUCGCCCUCCUCGCGAUGCACGCCUGCGGCCAGUUACAGGUUUUAAUGGCUUGGCUGGAGAAACUGGUGGAUGGAAAGGAGGAUGACGUUGAGACUCUGCAUCAAAGAUUGGCCAACGUCGUGGAGCAACACGUUCGGGUGAUCAACUUCAUAUCUCUCACAGAAGAUGUCCUGAGCGAGAUAUCGUUGAUAGAAGUCGUAGGAUGCACUAUAAAUAUAUGUUUCCUUGGAUAUUAUUCGAUGACGGAAUGGGACUCGAAGCAUCCUCUUAAAGGUUUCGCGUACAUAAUACUGCUCACGUCCGUCACGUUCAACAUUUUCAUAUUCUGUUACAUCGGCGAGCUCUUGGCGGAGAAGGUACAUGCAUGGUGUUUGCAAAGUAGCAUUUUCAAUGAUAAGAUAAUUAUAAAAAAAAUAAAAUACGAUGAUGAAAUACUUUGCCAGACUGUAAAGAUCAGCGAGAAGUCUUACAUGAUCGAUUGGCAUCGAAUGCCCUGGCAGGACAGCCUCGGCAUGGCUUUGAUAAUUUCGAUGUCUCGUUCGACCAACAAGAUCACUGCUGGCAAAAUUAUCGAACUUUCCAUCAACAGUUUCGGCAGUGUAAGCGUCUCACGAAUAUCUGAAAUAUUUUACUUCGCUACGAACGUUCAGACAUCAAGCAUGCAAAAGUCAGGCACGAAUAUCGAGAAAUGCGGCACAACAGACUGCGAGAAACAUAUGAAUCUAAGUAUCCAGUGGAAUCGUUGGCUAUUGAAACCGAUGGGCCUAUGGCCGUGCUCGAAUCCCAUUUCAAGAUUCAGACAGUAUCUGUAUUGGCUCAUAAACAUCGUCUGUUACAGUCUGAUCAGUUUCCUAUUUAUACCGUGCAGCUUGUUCGUCGUAUUCGAGAUCGAGGACACUUAUGGUAAACUGAAGCAAUUCGGCCCGCUGAUAUUCUGUGUGAUGGCGUUCGUGAAAUAUUACACACUGAUUAUACACAAGGCUGACAUCAAUGAAUGCGUGGAACGAAUCAAAUGGGACUGGAAGAACACGACGAACGACAGUGAUCGCGAGAUCAUGAUAAUGAACGCGAAUUUCGGACGCAAGCUGAUCAUCGUCUGUACGUUCUUCAUGUACAGCGGCUUCGCCUUUUAUUACAUCGCCAUACCAAUCAGCGUAGGCAAAAUAGCAACGGAGAAUGAUAAUGUUACCUUCAUCCCACUGGUGUUCCCUUUCUCGAGACACGUCGCCGACACGCGUUACAGUCCCGCGAACGAGAUUGUCUUUUCCAUUCAAUUGCUGGCUGGUUUCCUGAUGCAUGGUAUAACGUCGGCGGCUUGCAGUUUAGCAGCUUCUUUCGCCGUUCACACUUGCGGCCAAAUGCAGGUGUUGAUGAACUGGCUGAAGCAUCUGAUAGACGGCCGAACGGACAUGAGCGAACGUUUGGAUGAUAGAAUCGCUGAUAUCGUGAGACAGCAUGUCCGAAUCCUGAAAUUUCUGACGCUUACAGAAAGAACGAUGCAACAAGUCUCCUUCGCCGAGUUUCUAGGAUGCACGCUGGAUAUAUGUCUCGUUGGGUAUUACGUAAUCAUGGUACAAUGUCUCAUGAAUUUGCUUCAUUAUCUUAGAUUAGAAUUGAAAUCGAACGAUGUCACAAGCGCCGUAACUUACAUGAUUUUACUUGUAUCACUUACAUUCAAUAUUUUCAUAUUUUGUUACAUAGGUGAAAUGGUCGCUGACGAGUGUAGGAAAAUCGGCGAAAUGUCGUACAUGAUCGAGUGGUACCGAUUGCCAGGGAACAAGAAGCUAUGUUGCGUUUUAAUCAUCGCUAUGUCGAAUUGUUCAAUAAAAUUAACAGCUGGGAACAUCGUAGACCUGACGAUCAGCACGUUUACCGAUACGAGCAUUCGAACAUCAAGCAUGCAAAAGUCAGAGAUGAACAUGAAAUCAUCCCGCUUGAUAGACUACAAUUACGAGGAAUACGUGAAUUUGAGUAUCAAGUGGAGUCGUUGGCUACUGAAACACCUGUGUCUUUGGCCGUAUUCAAAUCCCAUUUCAAGAUUCAGGCAAUACCUACACCGGCUGAUAAACAUCAUCUGUUACACUAUACUCAGUUCUCCCUUUGUAUUCUGCAGCACGUUCAUUUAUUUCGAGGUGGACGAUAUUUACAAUAAACUGAAACAAUCCGGCCCGCUGGUUUUCAGUACGAUGGCGUUCAUGAAGUAUUACUUCAUGGUCGUUCACAGGGCUGACAUCAGCGAAUGUGUGGAGCGAAUCAAAUGGGACUGGAAGAACACGACGAACGACAGUGACCGUGAGAUUAUGAUAGCGAACGCGAACUUCGGACGAAGAUUAGUAGUCAUCUGCACGUUCUUCAUGUACAGCGGCUUCGUCUUUUAUAACAUUGUCAUACCUUUUAGCGUGGGCAGAGUAACAGCGGAGGAUGCGAAUGUUACCUUCGUUCCACUGAUAUUCCCUUUCACGAGCUACGUUGCUGACGCGCGUUACAGCCCUCUGAACGAGAUCGUUUUCUCUGUUCAAGUGUUGGCUAGCUAUCUGAUGCACAGUGUAGCGUCGGCGGCUUGCAGUUUAGCAGCUGUCCUCGCCGUUCACACUUGCGGUCAAAUGCAGGUGUUGAUGAACUGUCUGAGGCAUCUGAUAGACGGCCGAUCCGACAUGAGCGAACGUGUAGAUGGCAGAAUCGCUGACAUCGUGAGCCAACAUGUACGAGUCUUGAAGUAUGUAAUUGUUUAUUGUUUCACCGUGGCGUUUAAUUUUUUUUUGGCACUUCCCUGCCUUUCCUCCUAUUUUGACCAUGAUGAUGGAAAAAACGCUGCAACAAAUUUCGUUCGCCGAGUUUCUGGGAUGCACGCUAGAUAUAUGUCUCAUUGGAUAUUACGUGAUCAUGGUAUACUCUGUUCUUUUGUAAGCUUGAGAGACCGAAGUCUGCACUCGAUGAUCCCAGAUUUCAAAUCUGAAUUUGAAUUGAAGUCGAACGACGUGACGAACGCCGUAACAUACAUGAUUUUGCUUGUAUCGUUUACGUUCAAUAUUUUCAUAUUUUGUUACAUAGGCGAAAUAGUGGCUGAAGAGUGUAGGAAAGUCGGUGAAAUUUCGUACAUGAUCGAGUGGUAUCAGCUGUCAGGGAACAAGAAGCUGUGCUGCGUUUUAAUCAUCGCCAUGUCGAAUUGUUCGACGAAAUUAACAGCUGGAAAUAUCGUGGAAUUGUCCAUAAGCACUUUUUCUGACUGUUGGGACGAGCAUUCAAGCAUCGAGCAUGCAAAAGUCAAAGUUCAACAUCGAAACAUCUCGUUCGAUAGACUACGAGCACGAGGAACACGUGAACCUGAGUAUCCAAUGGAAUCGUUUGUUUCUGAGACCCAUUGGCCUCUGGCCGUAUUCAAAUUCAAGAUUCGAACAGUACCUCUACUGGUUCAUAAAUAUCAUCUGUUACAGCCUGCUCAGCUUUCGCUUGAUAUCCUGCGUUUUGUUCAUGUACUACGAGGUGAGAGAUACGUACAUUAUACUGAAACAGUCCGGGCCGCUGAUUUUCUGUGUGAUGGGCAUCGUGAAAUAUUGCACGUUGAUCGAUCACAAGUCUGACAUCAGCGAAUGCGUGGAGCAAAUCAAACUGGACUGGAAGAACACGACGAAUAACGAGGAUCGCGAGAUCAUGAUAGCGAGCGCGAAUUUCGGACGGAAAUUGGCGAUCCUCUGUACCUUCUUCACGUACAGCGGCUUCAUCUUCUACAAUAUCGUUAUACCGAUCUCGCGGGGCAAAGUAACGGCAGAAGAUGCGAAUAUCACCUUCAUACCACUGGUGUUCCCUGUGUCGAAAUACGCUGAUGCACGCUACAGCCCUAUGAACGAGAUCAUUUUUUCACUUCAAGUGAUGGGCAGCUCGCUGAGUUACAGCGUAGCAUCGGCGGCUUGCAGUUUAGCAGCUGUCCUCGCCGUUCACACUUGCGGUCAAAUGCAGGUGUUGAUGAACUGGCUGAAUCAUCUGAUAGACGGCCGGCCAGACAUGAGCGAACGUGUGGAUGGCAGAGUCGGCAACAUCGUGAGACAACAUGUUCGAAUCCUCAAAGAAAACGCUGCAACAGAUAUCUUUCAUCGAGUUCCUGGGAUGCACGUUAAUCAUAUGUCUGAUCGGAUAUUACCUGAUCGUGGUACAGUGUUUUUCACGAGCUUUGCUUUAAGAUCGAGAUCUAACGAAUUAACGUCGAAUGAUGUCACGAGCGUCGUUACUUACCUGAUUUUAUUUUUAUCAUUUACAUUAAAUAUUUUCAUAUAUUGUUAUAUAGGCGAGAUUGUUGCCGAAGAGUGUAGGAAAAUCGGCGAAAUAUCGUACAUGAUCGAAUGGUAUCGAUUGUCAGGAAAUAAGAAGUUGUGUUGCAUUUUGAUCAUCGCUAUGUCGAACUGCUCAACACAAUUAACAGCUGGAAACAUCGUCAAACUGUCUAUAAGCACUUUUUCAGAAUAUCAGAGGUGCACUCGAGCUCUAAUGAUGCAACAAUUAGAAACAAAGAGCGCGUCGUGCCUCACGACGACGGAUCACGACUACAAGGAGAACGUGAAUUUAAGCAUUCAGUGGACCCGUUGGAUUUUGAAACUGAUCGGCGUCUGGCCAAAUGCCACCAACGCCUGCGUAGCAAAGAAAUACUUCUCUCGCCUGAUAAAUGCCAUUUGCUACAGCCUGAUCUGUUUCCUCUUAAUCCCUUGCAGCCUUUACUUGGUCCUCGAGAUCAAAGACGUUUACAACAGGAUCAAAUUAUUCGGCCCGUUGAGCUUCUGCGUGAUGGCGUUCCUGAAAUAUCAUCUUCUGAUCCUUCACGAGGGCGACAUUCGCGAGUGCGUGAAACGCAUCGAAUGGGACUGGAAGAAUAUCACGUACAUUCAGGAUAGAGAGCUCAUGAUAACGUACGCGAAUUUCGGCAGAAAGUUAGUCGUUAUCUGCGCGUUCUUCAUGUACAGUGGUUUCGCCUUUUAUUACAUCGCCAUACCUAUCAGCGUCGGGAGAAUCCUCGCGCAGGAUGCCAACGUGACGUUCAUCCCCGCGGUGUUCCCUUUCUCCAGAUUCAUUAUAGAUACUCGAUACAGCCCCGUGAACGAGAUUGUGUUUUCCCUGCAACUGAUGGCCGGCUGUCUGAUGCACAGCAUAACGUCGGCGGCUUGCAGUCUGGCCGCCGUGUUUGCCGUGCACACUUGCGGUCAGAUGGAGGUGUUGAUGAACUGGCUGAAACACUUGAUCGACGGUCGGUCAGACAUGUACAACAGCAUCGACAACAGGAUCGCCAGCGUCGUGAGACAACACGUUCGUAUACUGAAGUUUCUAGCGCUUACAGAGAAGUCGUUGAAACAGGUGUCUUUCGUAGAAUUCUUAGGUUGCAUGUUAAACAUAUGUCUUCUUGGUUACUACGUUCUUAUGGAAUGGAGUUCCAGUCAUUUAACUAGCGCUAUAACAUUCUUUAUAUUGCUGAUAUCACUGACGUUCAACAUCUUCAUAUUCUGUUACAUAGGCGAGCUAGUAGCGGAACAGUGUAAAAAAAUUGGAGAGACAUCGUACAUGGUCGACUGGUAUCGAUUAACAGGGAACAAAAAGCUCUGUUUCGUACUAAUAAUCUCAAUGGCCAAUUCGUCGAUGAAAUUGACAGCUGGAAACAUGGCUGAACUGUGCCUAACUACCUUCAGCGACUCCGUCAUGACGAAGCGUGAGCACGAGAGAAACUUGAAGCUGAGUAUUCAGUGGAACCGUUGGUUGCUAAUACCGAUCGGUGUUUGGCCGAAUUUGCGUAAAUCGAUAGUGGGGAAAUACUUCUCCUGGCUGGUUAAUAUCAUUUGCUUCGGCUUAAUCGGCUUCAUGCUCGUGUCCUGUGGCCUGUUCCUGAUCAUGGAGGUGAAACAAGCGUACAAUCAAAUCAAAAUGAUCGGCCCACUGAGCUUCUUCACCAUGACGUUCAUGAAGUACUAUCUGUUGAUACUUCACGAGGGUGACAUUCGCGAGGGCGUGAAACGCAUCGAAUGGGACUGGAAGAACAUCGAGCACCAAGAGGACAAAACCAUCAUGACAGAGAACGCGACUUACGGAAGGAGAUUAGUAACAAUCUGCACCUUCUUCAUGUACAGCGCUUUUGCGUUUUAUUACCUCGUCGUGCCAAUGAGCAUGGGAAGAGUCGUCGCCGAGGCUGGGAAUUUCAGUUUCAUCGCGUUGCCAUUUCCCGCGUCCAGCUUGAUCGCCGAUACGCGUCGCAGCCCCAGUAACGAGAUCAUCUACUCCAUCCAAGUCGUGACAGGUGUGGUGAUGCACGCUAUAACGUCGGGAGCUUGCAGCAUCGCCGCCGUGUUCGCCGUGCACGCUUGCGGUCAGAUGCAAGUGCUGAUGAACUGGCUGGGUCAUUUGGUUGACGGUCGGUCCGACAUGAGCAACACCGUGGAAGGAAGAAUGGCCACGAUCGUUACCCAACACAAUCGGGUACUGAAAUUUGAAAAUGCGACAUUCGGUUCGUUCACAUGUUACACCGAUCGUAAUUCAUAUCAAUCAAUUUUCAGAUUUAUGACACUCACCGAAAGAGCGAUUCAACAAAUAUCGUUCGUAGAAUUUUUGGGCUGCAUGGCGAAUAUGUGCCUCCUCGGCUACUAUGCUAUAGUGGUACGCACGCGACGAAACAUGCACGCGAUUCUGCCAGAAUGGAAUCCAAAAGACUUAAUGCUCACGAUAACUUAUCUGUCCCUAAUCAUAUCGCUCACCUUCAAUAUUUUUAUAUUUUGUUACAUAGGCGAACUAGUCGCCGAACAGUGUAGAAAGGUUGGCGAAAUGACGUACAUGAUCGACUGGUAUCGAUUAUCAGGCAAAAAGAAACUUGGGUGCAUUCUAAUCAUUGCCAUGUCCAAUUCGUCAAUGAAAUUCACAGCAGGGAAUAUGAUUGAAUUAUCUAUCAACACGUUCAGCGACGAUGAAAGCAUGACGACAAGGAUGAAGGCCGUUAGUCUAAUAAAUCACUGGCUGAUGCGUGGAUUGGAUUACUAUUGUCUAUUGACGAGAAUAAUGCGAGCUAAUACGCGAAGAACUUGA